UGCCAUCAAAAGCCGCAUAACCGUUACCAAAAUGCGACGUCCGCUCUCGCCGACAUUGGCCAAGUUGGCCGAAAAGGAGGUGAACGAGACGCCGGACAGGAUCCAGCAGGACAUCAUUAUCCUGCGCGUCUGGAUUCGCCAGCAACCGCAUUUGAGGGCUCGAACCGAUGUCGAUUUCCUGAUCGCCUUUUUGAGACGAUGCCGAUAUAGUUUGGAGGAGACGAAGCGCAGGAUCGAUCGGUAUUUCACCCACUAUAACUUGUUUCCCGAGAUCAUGAACAACCGGUGUGUAACGCAGAGAUUGCUGGACAUCAAUCGAAUGGGAGUUUGCCUGUAUCCGGAUAUGCCGAAGGGCGAUAAUCGAACAGCCAUGUUCAUAGCGCGUUUUGGCCACUUUGAUCCCAAUCUUUACAUGCUGCGCGAGAUCUACCACUUCUCCUCGAUGGCCAUGGAGGUGAUUGCCCUGGAGAAUGACUACGCCUCCCUGGCGGGAAUCUGUGAGAUAAUUGACCUGGAGGGUGUCAACUCGGACAAGAUGAGGCGACUCGACAGGAUCUUGUUUCGAAAGUGGUGGAACUGGCUGUAUAAUUGCAGUCCGCUGAAGGUCAAGGAGAUGUACAUCAUCAACAUGCCCAAGGAUAUUCAGGGUACCGUCAUGUUUCUGUACAACGUGCUCAGCAUGCAGGUUAACUAUCCUAUUCGCGUGCUGAAGAACAGCGAGGAGCUGAUCGAGCACAUUGGCAAGGACUCGCUGCCGGAGGAGUACGGAGGCACCAACGGGCACAUUGCCGAGUGCGUGGCCUACAUGGAGGACUUGCUGAACAGCUAUCGCGGCUACUUCGAGCAGGACUGCAACUACGGAACCAUCGAGGAGCUCCGUCACGGAGAGAUUGCCACCUACGAGGCGGAAUUCGGGGCCAGCGGAUCCUUCCGUCGCCUUAACUGGGAUUGAAUCUGAAUCCUAAUCGGAAGCAGGAAACCUAGUUCCCUUCCUCAAAACGCAUUGCCCAUAUUAACAUUCCAAGCUCUUUGCUGUA